GACAUUGUGGUAUUGCAGGAUGUGAAAUUAUGUUCGUCUGAGAUUUUGGGUAAGCAGCCGAAAUUAUCAGCGAGGACGUAUGGAGGCCAUGUGGCGCCUUCAUAUGCUCAGGAAGUGCAGGACGCAGACCUGGUAAAUGACCUUAAAAGAACAACUUUCAAGAAAUACUACUGCGUAUUCUCACUGUCAGCUUGGAGAAUUGCAGGGCAACUUGUAUUCGUGAAGAAGGAGUUUGAAUGCCUUAAAAUGAGAUAUAAUCUGAACAUCAAAGCCAACGCCAAAUAUCAUCAUCCAGAAGGAAGAUGCAUCAUUUUACAAUUCAACAGCUACUACUUAAUCUCACUAUUAUCACCUGUGCAAGGAUGGAUAAAUAGAUCAGUGAGGAUUAGAAGUCGGUGGGACAGAGAAUUGGCAACUUUCCUAAACAAUUCCAAAAGUGAAAAGGCUACGAUCAUCACUGGAUGUCUUAACUGUGCACCGCAGGAUAUUGACUUGUCUGAUCCGGAACGCUUAAAACAGGAAAAAUCCAUUGUCCUUCACAAACAAGAGGAGAUUGGAUUUCCUGGGUCAAGGGAUGUGGAUAGAGAAGGUUUCAAGUGGUUAUUGGAUGCUGGUAACAUGACCGACGUGUUCAGAGUUAAACACCCGUACGAUGGUACAGCAAAGACUGAAAAGAACAUCAAAUUUACAACUCUCGCAUUUUUGAGUGAUAAAACGAGAUGUGCAGUCAGAACAAACUUGGUGCUGAUGUCAAAGAACUUUUUAAGAAAUGUUAAGUUUUGUGAAAUCAUUGGAAAUGUCAACGAUUUGAACCCGUCCGGCUGGAGACAUUUACCACAACUACUCAAACUCGAAAAGAAAUAA